CUUGUCCAUGUGCCUGCGUUUACUCCUCUUUCUCAAAUCUUUCCUCAUUUGCUCACUCCCAUUCUCCAGUUGUGGAAACCCCCCAAAGACAUGGCAUUUGAACCUUUUGAGUCAUCAUCAGCGUAUUCAUUCACACGACGAUUUAGAGAAUGUGGUGUUUGUCCUGCUUUAAACCUUCCACUAAACAUGAUCCCUCUGAGGAUCGUUUUGAAGAAGAAACAAAUAUCGUUACAGGUAUUUCUCUGUAUGAAGAUGUCAUCUUACGUCAGAGAAGAUCAGAAGCUGAUCAGAUAGAAUGGGCUAUUCAAGAUAGCUUCAACCCGCAAGAAACUUCUCGUUGUCGUCAGCGAGAGGAGGAUGAUCAGAUAGCGCGUGGUUUGCAAUAUGUGGAAGAAACUGAGCUUGAUAAAUCAGUUGUGGACGAAGAAGAUCAGCAGCUUUCUAAGAUUGUUGAGGAGAGUUUGAAGGAGAAAGGCAAAAGUAAGCAAUUUGAAGAUGAUCAAGUGGAAAAUGAUGAACAGCAAGCUCUGAUGGUUCAGGAGAGUCUAUACAUGGUGGAGCUUUCUGCUCAACUUGAAGAAGAUAAAAACAUUUCAACAAUACCUCCGCUGAAUGAAGAUGCGCAGCUUCAGAAGGUUAUUUGGGAAAGCGCGAAGGGUAAAGGCCAAAUAGAGCAUUUCAAAGAUCCAGUGGAAGAAGAUGGAAAUCUUCCAAGGGUAGAUCUCAACGUUAACCAUCCUCAUAGCAUAUGUGAUGGUUGCAAAUCUGCGAUUGAAUAUGGAAGAUCUGUUCAUGCCUUGGGUGUUAAUUGGCAUCCUGAAUGUUUCUGUUGUCGUUAUUGCGACAAACCAAUCGCUAUGCACGAGUUUUCAAACACAAAAGGGAGGUGUCAUAUAACCUGCUACGAGCGUAGUCACCCAAACUGCCAUGUCUGCAAAAAGAAGUUUCCUGGUAGAAAGUAUAAAGAACAUCCCUUCUGGAAGGAAAAGUACUGCCCUUUUCAUGAAGUUGAUGGAACUCCCAAGUGUUGCAGUUGUGAAAGAUUAGAGCCCUGGGGAACGAAGUAUGUAAUGCUUGCUGACAAUCGGUGGCUAUGCGUAAAAUGUAUGGAAUGCGCGGUUAUGGAUACUUAUGAGUGCCAACCAUUGCACUUUGAAAUCCGUGAAUUCUUCGGAAGCUUAAACAUGAAGGUUGAGAAAGAAUUCCCUCUUCUUUUGGUGGAGAAAGAAGCGCUGAAAAAAGCUGAGGCGCAAGAAAAGAUCGACAAUCAGCAUGGGGUUGUAACCAGAGGUAUUUGCCUGUCUGAAGGGCAGAUUGUCAAUAGUGUCUUUAAAAAGCCAACCAUGGGGCCAAACGGCGAGCUAGUAAGCUUGGGUACAGAACCUCAAAAGGUUGUUGGUGGAUGUGAGGUCACUGCAAUUCUCAUCCUAUAUGGACUUCCUAGGUUACUAACUGGAUAUAUCUUGGCUCAUGAGAUGAUGCAUGCUUGGCUUAGACUCAAUGGUUAUAGGAAUCUUAAGUUAGAGCUGGAAGAAGGAAUAUGCCAAGUGCUAGGCCACAUGUGGUUGGAGUCACAGACAUACUCCAGUUCUGCAGCUGCAUCAUCAGCUUCUUCUUCUUCGAGGACUCCAGCUGCUAAUGCAUCAAAGAAAGGUGCUCAAUCUGAUUACGAGAAGAAACUGGUGGAAUUUUGCAAGGAUCAGAUAGAAACAGACGAUUCACCGGUCUACGGUGUUGGAUUCAGGAAAGUUAACCAGAUGGUCUCAGACUCCAGCCUCCAUAAAAUCCUGAAAAGUAUUCAACACUGGACGAAACCAGAUUCAAAUCUUUGAAGCACCUAAUAUAGGACAAAUCGAAACAUACCUCUCUAGAACAUAUAUAUACAAACGCACACUUAUGUCUGGUUUUUCUUUCUGGAUCCAAAAUACAACUAUAACAGAAAAAUAGACAUGAGCACGUCCAAUUAUAUAACUUUCUAUUUUCAGCACAAUAUCAUUUCAUAGUACAAUUAUGACAAAUUAAGACAUUGCAUGUGUGCUGCUACAUAAGUUUC